AUGGGUAUGGCUGGUAUGAAGGAGGGACGCCCCGAAACCGAUGGCGUCCCCACCUUCCUCGGCAUGCGAGGAAUCAGGCUCAACUGGGCCAUUGGUUUCGCCGCCUCCGCCGGUUUCUUGCUCUUCGGUUACGACCAGGGUGUGCUCGGCUCGCUCUACACGCUUCCCUCUUGGGUCGCUCAGUUCCCCGAGAUCAACACCAACCCCGGUUCCGGUAACGGCGAGACUUCCACCGCUGCCGUCCUCCAAGGUCUCGUCACUGGUGUCUACGAGCUCGGCUGCUUUGCCGGUGCCAUCUCGAUGCUCUAUUUUGGUAACUUGCUCGGUCGUAGGGCCAACAUUUGGAUCGGUUCCAUCAUCAUGGCUGUCGGUGCCAUUGGAUGCACCGCUUCCUACAGCUUGGCACAGCUCUUCGUCUUCCGCGUCAUCCUCGGAAUCGGCAACGGAAUGCACACGGCGACCAUUCCGGUUUGGCAAUCGGAGUGCUCGCCUCCUCACAAGCGAGGUAUGCUCAUCAUGGUCGAGGGUGCCAUGAUCACCGGUGGUAUCGCCAUGGCCUACUGGAUCGACUUUGGCUGUUUCUUCUUGGAGCCCAGCUCGGCCUCGUGGCGACUGCCCUUGGCCCUCCAGCUGGUUCUCAUCUUCCCUACUUUCGUCACUGCUUUCCUUCCCGAGUCGCCUCGUUGGCUCAUGCUCAAGGGUCGCGAGGAGGACGCUCGAAUUGUGGUUGCGGCCCUUGAUAACGUCCCUGUCGAUGACCCCAUGGUCGGCAAGAAGCUCAAGGAAAUCGCAAAGUCGCUCGAGGCCGCCAAGACGACCCGUAUCUCGGACCUCUUCACCAACGGUCCUGAGCGCAACUUCCACCGAACCGUGCUUGGCUUCAUGUCGCAAAUGUUCCAGCAGAUCUCGGGUAUCAACCUCAUCACCUACUACAUUGGCAAGACGCUCCAGGAGAACCUCGGCUUCUCGGACAUCAACUCGCGUAUCCUCGCUGCUGCCAACGGAACCGAGUACUUCAUCGCUUCGUGGCUCGCCGUCUUCUUCAUCGAGAAGAUGGGUCGUCGUCCGCUCAUGCUGGGCGGUGCCGCCGGUCAGACCAUCUGCAUGAUCAUCCUUGCCGUCAUGGCCAUCGAGUCGAUCCAGAACUCGGGUCCGGCUCCCAACGUUGUCUCGGUCGUCUUCUACUUCCUCUUCAACACCUCGUUCGCCUGGGGUUGGCUCGGAAUGACCUGGCUGUACCCUGCCGAGAUCACGCCCCUUGCCAUCCGUGCGCAGGCGAACGGUAUCUCGACCAGUGCCAACUGGAUCUUCAAUUUCCUCGUCGUCAUGGUCACCCCCGUCAUGUUUGUCAACAUCGGAGGUCAGGGCACCUACGGCGUCUUUGCCGGCCUCAACUUUGUCAUUCUCGUCGUGACUUUCUUCAUCUUCCCCGAGACGGCCGGUCGCUCGCUCGAGGAGAUGUCGGCCAUCUUUGCCCACUCGAGCAAGGUCAACCCGUACGACGUGGUUCGCAAGGAGAAGGUCACCCCUCGUCGCUACGACAAGCACGGCAACCUCAUCAGCGACGACGUCGACAUUGUCGAGGACCUCAACGGCGGCAACGAUCUCGAGAAGAACAACAGCGGUGCGCACAAGGACCACACCAAUGUGGCCACCGAGGACGCCACCGCUACGCCCACCAGCGAGGGCAGCUCGGGCGAGCACUCGCCUCGUUCGUGA